CAUACUCUGCCAGAGUAUCAAAUAACUCAUCCCUCCAAAACUCCUGGCCUGAACUCUCUCUCUGUAGAGAAGUAUUAGUGAUGGAUUACUCUCUUCCAGACGAUUCUCUUUUCCUUGGAUUUGACUGUUCUACUCAGUCCCUAAAGGCAACAAUUUUAGAUGCCAACCUCAGCAUUCUUGCUUCUGAGAUAGUUCAUUUCGAUUCUGAAUUGCCACAUUAUAAGACUAAGGAUGGAGUCCACAGAGAUCCAUCAGGAAACGGUAGAAUUGUCUCCCCGACUUUAAUGUGGGUGGAGGCUUUGGACCUCUUACUUGAAAAAUUCGUGAAAGAAAAAUUGGAUUUUGGAAGGAUCGCAGCUGUUUCUGGUAGCGGACAGCAGCAUAGUAGCGUCUAUUGGAAGAAAGGAAGUUGCAACAUGUUGGCGUCUUUGGAUCCUGAGAAGCAUUUAGUAGCCCAGCUCAGUGAUGCUUUUUCUACGAAGGAAUCACCAAUUUGGAUGGAUAGUAGCACUACAGUACAGUGUAGAGAGAUAGAGAGAGCGGUUGGAGGUGCAUUGGAGUUAUCCCAACUCACUGGGUCCCGUGCGCAUGAGAGGUUUACAGGACCACAAAUCCGAAAGAUAUAUGAGAUGCAGCCGGAUGUAUACCAUGAUACUGAGAGGAUCUCCCUUGUAAGCUCCUUCAUGGCAUCCCUUCUUAUUGGAGGUUAUGCUAGUUUAGACGAAACGGAUGGGUCGGGAAUGAACUUGAUGGAUAUCAAGCGGCGUGUCUGGUCUAAGAUUGCUUUGGAGGCUACAGCGCCAGGUUUAGAAGGAAAGCUUGGAAAACUAGCACCAGCCCAUGAUGUUGCUGGUUUAAUAGCUCCCUAUUUUGUUAAGAGGUUCCACUUUAGAAAGAGUUGUUUGGUUAUUCAGUGGUCUGGAGACAACCCAAAUAGCUUGGCAGGUUUGACCCUCAAUACUCUUGGGGAUCUUGCCAUCAGUUUGGGCACUAGUGACACCGUCUUUGGGGUCGCCAUUGAGCCUCAACCGAGCCUAGAAGGACAUGUUUUACCAAAUCCUGUUGACCCAACAUGCUACAUGGUAAUGUUGGUAUAUAAAAAUGGGUCUCUAACUCGAGAAGAUAUACGCAAUCGGUGUGCAGAGAAAUCUUGGGAUGUUUUUAACAAGUUUCUGGAGAAAACGCCUCCCUUAAAUGGUGGGAAGUUAGGAUUCUAUUAUAAAGAGAAUGAAAUCCUGCCUCCCCUACCAAUUGGAUUCCAUAGAUAUAUUCUUGACAACUUAACAAAUGGCUCUUUGGAUGAGUUGAGAGAGCAUGAAGUGGAGGAGUUUGAUGCCCCUUCAGAGGUACGUGCAAUAAUUGAAGGCCAACUUCUCUCCAUGCGAGCUCAUGCAGAAAGGUCUGGAAUGCCAACACCUCCCAAACGGAUAAUAGUAACUGGUGGAGCAUCGACAAAUAAAAGCAUUCUCAAUGCAAUUACUUCCAUUUUUGGUUGUGCUGUCUAUACAGUACAGCGACCUGAUUCGGCUUCAUUGGGUGCGGCCUUAAGGGCAGCUCAUGGGUGGUUAUGCAACAGGGAACACUGCUUUGUACCCAUCUCAUGCAUGUAUGAAGACAAGAUAGAGAAAACGUCUCUUGGUUGUAAGCUUUCAGUACCUGCAGGAGAUACAGAACUCCUCUCCAAGUACACUUCAUUCAUGAAAAGGAGGAUGGAAAUUGAGGAUCGUCUUGUUUGGAAGUUGGGGAGAAGAUAAAAACAUCACUUGAAGGAUCUCAUCAGUGCAUCUCAUCAGAAACUCUACUGGUACACGAUUAUGGAGGUUUGUUAGCACAUGCCCAGAUGGAAUGCAUGUAGGACAUUUCACAUUGUAUCAGGUGGGACCAACAAUAUAGAUCAUGGGACCAAAACUCACCAACUAUCAGGUAGGGAAAACACAUUUGGAGAUAUGAUUGGUGCUUGCAUUUUUUUUUUCUGAUUACUCGCUGUUACCGAAAAUGUGUAUCCUACAUGACAGUUGACCUGCCUGACUUAUUACAUGGCAUGUCCCAUCUGAUACAUUGGUUGGAUUUCCUACAUUCAUGCCAGGUUGUCAUGCAAAUCCACACACAGAGCUGCAUGUGGCUCUGGAAAACAUCUGCCACAUUUAUUAAGAAUUUUUAGUAAAUCAUAUCAAUUGGGCCACUAACCAUAUUGAUGAUAUCGUGAGAGACUUAGUGCAAGUCGUUACAUGAUCAUACUAAUGAUUCAUACCAUUCCUUGAGGUACUUGAAUCCUGGGAAUUUGAACUUAGAGGAGCCGCGCUACCCAAUCCUCGUUGUGCUCAAUACAAGCAUUUGGUAACAUGGAGACAGAAUGCAGCCUAUGUAGUGUAUAAGUUUAUCAAGCAUUCAAUAUACAUAGAUGUUGCACUUGUUUAUGAGAUAAAGACCUUCCAUCUGUUUGUCCCUACCGCUGAUAGGAGAUAUCACACAAAACAUAGUGGACAGGUGAUCCUAGCCACUGAUUGAAGGACUUUUUAAGAUGAUUGGAGGACACUAAAGGAUUGCAAAUGGGAGGACGGGUGUUAGGAAAAAGUCCAACUAAGAGUUCAUGUUCAAUGGGCAAGCGUCCUCCAAUCAAUGGCGAGGAUCGUCUGACUGUUUGGUCUUGUUCGAUGGCUAUCCAGUAUCCACUAUAGCGUACAAUGAAUACUGGCAGAUCUCGUAAACAUGUUGCCACAUGUACAGAUAUUGAAUGCUUGAUAACUGAGAUAUUAGCAUCCACCGUUGGAUGAUUUCUCUUCUAUAAUCUCAAUUUUUUAUGAAAAAAAAAAGUCUACCAUGUUAUAUAAUUUCUAUGUAUUGAGGCUUUUGCUUUUUUGGAUUACAUAUCAGUUCAGGCAGACCAAGAUAGGUGCACCAAUGGGACUUGAGCCAGGAUCUCCCUUCAACAAAAGAGAUGCAAGACUUUAUUGUUAUUGUUGUUGUUGUUUUCAUAAUUUAAAAACACAACAUUACUUGACUCAAAACUCAGUGAGUGUCAACUUGAAAACUCCGGUGAGUUUCUUGAUUAUCUCUUGAAAUCUCGCAUGAGUUUCUUUUAGUAUUUUCAAUCAUAUUUAAUGUUUGAAAAUUGUAAAUAAUAUAUAAAUAAUGUUGAGUUGUACUGCA